UUUAAUCGCUUGAUCUCAUUCGUGUUAAUAUAAAAUAUUGUGUUUCAUUGGCAGAUUGAAGGAAGUGCAGCAAAAUUCCAAAUAUGAGGAUAUUCCUAGCGUGUACAUUGUUGGCGGUGUCAACAUUAGCCGAACCUCCUGUGGACAAUAGAUACCUGCCGCCUCAGCAGGAUUUCAAUGGUGGCUUUUCACCCCCGUCGCAAAGCUAUGGCGCCCCUAGUGGCGCCCCCAGGCAAACGGAUGCCGUAUUUGGACAACGCCCAUCAUCAACGUACGGUGCUCCCAACUCCCGUUCUUCUCGACCUUCCAACCAAUAUGGACCUCCACAAGGCAGACAGCCGUCCAGCCAAUACCUACCUCCUCAGGGCAGGGCUCAACAACCCUCUAACCAGUACGGGCCUCCAUCUAGCAGGGCUCAACAACCUUCGAACCAAUACGGCCCUCCACAAGAUAGAGGUCCCUCUAACCAAUACGCACCUCCGCAAUCCAGAGCUCAACAACCAUCUAGCCAAUACGGCCCUCCUCAAUCCAGAGCUCAACAACCAUCUAGCCAAUACGGCCCUCCUCAAUCCAGAGCUCAACAACCUUCUAGCCAAUACGGCCCUCCUCAAUCUCGAUCUCAGCAGCCUUCUAACCAAUACGGAGCUCCUAACCAAGACAACCAAUUCCGCUCUCAACCUUCAAGUCAAUACGGUGCUCCUGCGUUCGGCCAAGCCGCAUCGUCUAACCAAUACUCUGGACAGGGCAGAUCUCCUUCGAACCAGUAUGCUAGGCAACCGUCUACUGAAUACGGGGCGCCUAAUGGUGGUCAGCAAUUUGGUCAGGGUAACUUCGGAGACGCUCAGAGCAGGCAGUACCUUCCUCCCGAUGCUAGAGGAGGAUAUGGUGGUGAUGAUGAUGGCAGCAAUGGGGAGCCAGCAAACUACAGCUUCGAGUACAUGGUGAAAGAUGACGAAUCCGGCAACGAUUUCGGGCACCGCGAGUCCAGGAUGGGUGAUCGCGCUGAGGGCCUCUACUACGUAUUACUUCCUGAUGGCAGAAAACAGACCGUUGAAUACGAAGCAGACCAGGACGGUUACAAGCCAAGAAUCUCCUACGAAGACACCGGCGCCGGGGCGGGCGCCGGCUAUGACUCCAACGCUCAAGCUUUCGGACAAGAUGGCGGCUACAAUCAAAAUGGCGGAUAUUAAGCUAAACUUUGGUAGAUGUUUCUGCAAUUCUUCUAUUCAUCUCGCUUUUAUUGUGUGUAAAAGAAUGUGUUGGGUAGGUGACAUUGUAAAAAUUCUAUCUAGCUAUGAAGUCCAAAGUAAAACACUGUUUUUAUUAUUAAGCAUUUAUGUUUGAUGCUGAGUAAAAGCUGAGAAGAAAAUGUUGGCAUGUUAUGUGUCCUCAAUUGUACAUAAUAAUUUUCUGUCAGUUUUGUUAUUUCCAUAUGUAAAUGUAUAGUGUAACAAGACUGACUUGGGGACACAAACUUUGCUUGACUCAAGUUUCCAAAAAUAAUUCUUAACUCGAUCAAAAAUGAAUGCGUUAAUGAAUCUAACAGCGUUUUUAAAAGUAGCACUUUCUGUUCAAGUUAAAAAUGGGAUUGUUUUAUGGCUAUGAAUUGAACAAGGAUCAAGGGAAAUGUAUACCUAGGGAUGUUUAGAUUCGCAGAUUAUUUCUAAUUAAACUUUUUUAACUUUUUAGGAAUGGUUAUACUUAUAUUGUGGGGGGUUUGUACGUCGUAUACCAUGACAAGAGAUGUUAAAGAUGGGUGAAUAAGUAGUUCAAGAAUAACGUUUUUCUAUUGAGUAUUUUCGAAAGUUGUACCGUACCUACCCUUUUUUAACAGAACGGUAGAGCUAAAGUAGAAAAGUUAUUAUUUAAUAAUUUUAUUUGAAUGAAUAUCGACGACUUAAGCUAUGUCAAAGGACAACGAGCCAUAUUACGAGAUUAUUAAAGUACAAAAUACUUUAGCGUAGUAUAAUAUUGUAAGUGAUGUGAUAAUGCACAAGGAAUCAGCACCAGUCAUAUGUUAUCGAGCUUUAGUUUUUAUAAAUACUAGCUUUUACUUAAACUUGUUCUCUUUCUGACAAAAUAAUUGUCCAUAAUGUA